AUGUGGACUUUUUGUUUAGAAAAUCACCAAGGGCGUGCACCGCACAGCUUGGCCGGAAAAUCACACUACGCCAAAACCAAGGCUAGUCUAGAAAAGGUCGACGGACAAAUGUACCUGACCGCCCUCCUCCGCGGCGUCCAAAUUGGACGUUUGGGAAAACGAGCUUUUAGAACCGGUUCUGGCCGUUACCAGCCAAUCAGACUGAACUCCGAAUAUGCUGUACACUUGGAUGAUGUGCUACGGGACAUUUGCUUCUUCUUGCGGGAGUUUCCGUACUCCUUCCCCCUUUCUCUAAACUUAAAUGUGGCCAAAAUGCUCUACAAUACAAGGGGGGCCUCGCGGCACAUUCACAAACCCAAAGGGGAGCUCCCUGACUUUGCAAAACUCCAUAGUCCGGAAACGGCCCGGGGCAAAGUCAUUGUGCUGGCCAAACCGCCCAAGAAUAUCGGGGCGGGGAUGACGAGAACCAAAGUCAAACGACGCACGGCAACGGCGGCCGGUCGCUCCUUUGAUGAAGGCGCCUACGACGCCGACGACGCCGACGACCGUGACUACCAACCCAAAGGAACGACUCUUAAAGGAGUGGGUACAGAAAUGCACGAAAUACUGCCCGGGGUUGUGCAAGGCGGACGCAACCAGUACACUCAGACUGCGCAAGAGGCCAUGUUGUGGGAAACCACGUCGCCGUCUGUUUCACCCGGUACAACCAAGCCGGGGCCGUUGUCUUUGAAGCGAGUCAAGGAUUUGAGCGCGCUUGUGGUCAGGAACAAGUUUUAG